CUGGGAAGUCGAAUUGGUCGACGUCUCCCGGGGCGCGGCGGAGACUUAGGGCCGCCGGACUCGGGCGGAGCCUUGCUCUAAACGAAACCCUCCCACCGCCCUCAUCUCUAUCUCUUCCGCGUGCCACCGUCUCUUUUUUCGUCGAUUUCUCUGAAUGUGCCGGCCUCCUCGACGCCUGGCCAGAGCCGAGGAAUUGUGCCGCAGUCUUCCACGACCUCGCUCUCCAUCGGGCCACCAUUGCCGGCCAGGAUCUCAUUGAGAGAUCAGCCGCUCCCUGUUUUCGCCCCUGUUUUCCUUCUCUCCUCUUUUUCGCCGCCGCCCCACGUUGCCGAGACCUUCGGCCGCUUCUCCUUGCUGUUCCCUCGCAGGUCUUAUAAUAAUGGAGAUUAAUUUGGGAAAACUUCCGUUCGAUCUCGAUUUCCAUCCUUCCUCUCCUCUGGUGGCCGCCGGUCUUAUCAACGGGGAUCUCCACUUGUACCGUUAUGCUGCUGAUUCGCAGCCCCAAAGGUUAUUGGAAAUUAAUGCCCAUGAUGAGUCCUGUAGAGCCGUUCGUUUUGUUGAUUCGGGACGUGUAAUUCUGACUGCUUCCCCGGACUGCUCGAUUCUUGCCACGGAUGUGGAGACUGGAACUGCCAUUGCCCGUCUAGAAGAUGCUCACGGGGAUGCAGUGAACCGCCUCGUCAAUUUGACAGAGACGACCAUUGCAUCUGGAGACGAUGAAGGGUACAUAAAGGUGUGGGACACCAGACAACGUGCUUGUUGCAAUUCCUUUCAUGGCCACGAAGAUUAUGUCUCAGAUAUAGCUUUCGUGCCUGGUACUUUGCAACUUCUGGGAACAAGUGGGGAUGGAACUCUAUCCGUUUGCAGUCUUAGGAAAAACAAGGUGCAAUCCCAGUCUGAAUUUUCAGAAGAUGAGUUGCUCUCUUUAGUCAUAAUGAAGAAUGGCCGGAAAGUUAUUUGUGGAACUCAGACCGGCGCUCUGUUGCUAUAUUCUUGGGGUCAUUUCAAGGAUUGCAGUGAUCGUUUUCUUGGGCACCCUAUGUCAGUUGAUACAUUAUUGAAGUUUGAUGAAGAUACCCUUAUUUCUGGAUCAGAAGAUGGAGUGAUCAGGUUGGUAGGCAUUUUACCAAAUAGAAUAAUUCAGCCACUUGCUGAGCACUCAGAAUAUCCUAUCGAACGCCUCGCUUUCUCAAAUGAUAGAAAAUUUCUUGGCAGCAUUUCACAUGAUCAAAUGUUAAAGCUUUGGGACAUGCAAGAUCUUUUGGAUGGUCACCAAAGAGCCCCAGAUAGACAGUUGGUUGAAUCAGAUAGUGAUGGCGAUGAAAUGGAUGUGGACAUAAAGCCUUUUAAGCCCAGUAAAGGACCAAAGAGAAAGAAGGCUGACAAGGGUCAAACCUCAAAUACCUCAUUUUCAGAUUUCUUUGCAGAUUUAUAGUGGAACGCCCUCCAAACGAGACUGUAUUUUUUCCACUGAAGAUGAAAGCGCUUCUUCUGGUAAUGUCCGCAAGCCAGAAAUUUUAAUAGUAAUAGAGAAACUGAUUCUUUGUUGCUUUAACGGCUUCCAGGAGAAAAUGUAUUUAUGCCGGCAACUGUAACAUUUCGAGGUGUAUUUUAUGAACCAAAUUGGGUUUCUUUCACAUUUAAAUUUUAACAAAUGUUGUUCCUACUAACUGGUUUAGAUUUUAAAUUUAGUGAAAUGUUGGCCCUGUAGCAUCUUUAUAUGGUAUAGGUGUGCUUUCAUGUACAUGACCCUAUUAAGAACUGAGUGCAGUUUCAUAAUCUACUAUGUUAUUUUUCUGUGAAUUGCACAAAAACA